CUUGAUUUCCUCGCUCGCUAUGGUGCUGGCCAUGGGGCCAAAGCCAUUCGCUAUAGGCACCUCCACUGCAUCAUGCAAAUUCUGUCCCUAGAUCUUCACACCAGAACCUUGGCCAUUGUCAUACCCGACGUGAAAUUCUUGGACCAAAGGAGCUUUUUCGACAAACUUGGGAAGCCUGAUACUGGUCCCGUACGAGACGGGAUGGUGAGCCUUCAACGAGCCACGUUCCGUCCCAGAUUAUUCGGCCCACUCAUUCCGGAAAAGAAAUUCUCCUACUGUCGUCUCCAUUGGUCAAAAUCAUUGAGUUUGGUGAAGCGUUCCUCGACGGCGACGCUCCGAACAUGCUCCACACUCCGUUACCGAUACGCGCUCCAGAAGUCUUAGGAGAUCUCUUGGAUCAUCAAGUGGAUUUGUGGAGCGCUGGCUGCCUGCUAUAGUACCUGUUCACAAAUCUACAAUGAUAGACCUUACUAAUUGAUAUAGCUUUUUGAACUUGUUAAUGACCAACCCCCUGUCGAUAACAGGAUGCUAAUCCCCCUCCUUGUUCAACAGAUGACGGAAUUCACCACUGACAAGCUACCAUCACGAAGGGAGAUGAA